AUGACGGUUCAAGCGUGUAACAGCGUCUCAGGGACAACAAUCAGAUCUGGCAUGAAAAGCGUAGCCACAGCUUUAUUAUUUCUAUGCGUUGUUCGUCCAGCCGGCGCGUCCGAUGGCACUGCGGUGGCAGCAGUUUCUGACGAAUGUGGCGAAAUUGCGUACCUUCAGCACCUUAAGUCACACGACAGUCGAGUAGCAGGAGAUGCCGCCCAAAGCGUUGCUACACUGACACAUGAGGCACAUAUCCUAACUCUGGCAGCAGAAAAACACCAUGGAACAAUAAACGGAGCUAAAUAUGCGUUUCUAGCAGCGAUAGCAGCGGACGCAAAGACGGAGGCAGUGCAAACAAAGUUAAGUCAAGCAGCGGGACCGAUAACAUCGACUGCUGCAGAGCGAGCUCGAAGGAAAGGCCAAUUAAAAGCCCUACGGCACUUAAAUCAGGCAACGACAGCCGAGUACGGCGAGACAGCUGUCAAAGCAGGGACACCGACGACCAUAAUUGGAAGCGCGGACCUAGGUGUUACCGUGAAAAUGCAACUAAAUACGGCCAAGGCGGACAAGUGUUUCCUCGAAGCAACCGAACCAGCCGAUAUCAAAAACAUCGUCAGCGAGAUAGCGAACAACGACAACUACAAGGGGGUCGACGAUAGUUCAUUCAGGCCACCACAAGCCGAACUACAAAUGGCAAGCCGCGGAAACUCACCCGCCUCAAUGACCAACUGCGAAAGAGGCCGGUGCUGCGGCGACGGUGCGGCCAUGACAAGCACCAAUUUCCUAGGGCUCGGCACCGCUACAAAGGGACAAGCCAACACAUUAACAGCCUCAACCGAACCGUUCAAAGCUGGCAACCAAUGCACGUCGCCAAAAAAAGCGACAAGCGGCGACGAAGCCGUAAUAAAUAGAAAACGGACAGCACAUUACCUGUGCAACGCAAGGCAGAUACAAACGCAAACAACAAGUUCAAUCAAGCAAACAACGGUCGGCCAGCUGAGAGCCAGCGAAAAGGCCAACAGACUCGCACUAGCGGCACUAGGUCAGACUCCCAAAGAAGGAGACAACGAACAAGGUAAAAACGCAGUGAAAAAACUACUAGGCACCGAUGACAGCAAAACGCUUGACAAGUUUUUCAGCGCCCUAGAAACGGUCGACCUGCAGCUAAGCCAAGACAAAGGAGCAAGCAAAACGAGUAUCAAAGCAGCGGGUGAAAGCGACAACUAUGGCUUCGCACUGGCAUAUUUCUCAGGCCAAGCACUCAAGAGAACAGAAGAAGCAGCCAAAUCAGUAACAAAAGCAACCCAAGCAAAGGAAGACGAUUGCACAGGUAAGAAGAGAACUGAAUGCAAAGGGGAAUGCGAGCUGGACGGGGAAAUUUGCAAACCCAAAAAGAAAGAGGAUGGAGAAAACAAAGAAAAAACCGGAACCACAAACACCACAGGAAGCAAUUCUUUUGUGAUAAAAGCUCCUAUUCUGCUUGCACUUUCUCUUCGAGCAUAA